UCUUAAAGCUUCUAUAUUGACACUUAGAAAAAUGUCUUCUAUUAAGGUCAGCACCCUCUGCAUGGUGGCUCUCCUCCUCUUCUUCUUCACCAUAACCAGUACUGCAGGCCGGCCGGAGCCUGAAUUCGCUGAUAUUACGCCAAUGAAAACCCAACAGCAUGAGAAGAAUAUAGAUGUGGAGAAAGUAGAUAUAGAAGAGAGUUGUGAAGGAAUUGGAGAAGAGGAUUGCCUGAUGAGAAGAACACUUGCAGCUCACAUUGAUUACAUCUACACCCAGAAACACAAGCCAUAAAAAUCUUAUAAUAUAUAUAUACAUAUACAUAUAUAUAUAGAUAUCUAUUCAUACAUAUAAAUGCUAUCCUUAGCAUAUCUUAUUAUCUUAUGUUGCUUUCUUUUUUGUAGUUAAUUAUAUUUUCUCUGAUUUUGUAAGAGAUAUAUCCUACUAUUAAUUAUUUCCUCUUAAUUUCUUGUAGAACAUAUACACAUAUGUGUGUGUGUGUGUUCUGGGUGGAUUUUUAGACACAAUUUAUUUGUAUAUGUGUCCUAUAGAUUUAAUUAAUAAAGGUUUGAUUUGGAGUUUGA